AUGUCGGAGGUUGCCUCGGGGCUGGCUAGGCGGGCGUACUGGUUGUGUGCUAAGCGUGGCUGCAACGCUUGGAACUGGUGUGACAAGCGGUGGACGUGCAAGGCGUGCGGCACCAGUGCUCCCCCAUGGACGAAGGAGUACCGCUCCGACAAGCCUCCCCCGCGGGUGGACGCAGACGGGUUCGUGCAGCAGCCCAGGGGAAGGGCUGAGCAGCGCGCGGCGAGGCGCUCGGCCUCCCAGCGGGCCCUCUCGGGGAGCACCGCGCCCAGCAGCGCCCCCAACAGCAGGGCACGGCGAGCGCGGCCCUGGGGAGAGGCCAAGACCCAGAUCGAGGAGCUGCAGGCGCAGCUCGUGGCGGCCAGGGAGCGCGUCGACACGCUCCAGGGGGCCUCGGCGCUCGGGCUCUCAGUGGACUUCCAGCGUGAGGCGGAGAACGCCCUCCAGCAGGGCAAGGACCAGGUGGCCGCCCUGGAGCGGUCCGUCCAGGAGGCCCAGCGGACGGAGCGCCCGCCUCACUCGGUGCUCCACAUUGAGGCCAAUGCCAUCCAGAAGGUCGAGCGCCAGCUGGCCACGGCACGUACCAAGAAGGAGAAGCUCCAGCUGCAGGCGUCCGAGCUGCGCGAGCUCAUCGCGGAGAAGCAGGAGCAGCUAUCGGCAGCCGAGUUGGGGGUUGAUGAAGUCACUGGGCAGAUUGCAGAGCUGGAAGAGACCAGGGCCAAGGUCACGCAGCAGGCGAUCCAGCGGGCCAACGCAGCUGUCGGAGGCGUGCCGAGCCCGCUUGGGGACGCCGUCCAGGGGUUGCUCACUCAAGUCGGCGCCCUUUCGGAUCUCCUCAAGCAGCACGGAGCCGAUCUGCCACCCAGGUUUUCGGAGAUCGUCGAGAUUCUCAACACGCAGAAGGAGGCGGUCGCCGACGUGCUCAGGCCCCGCAGCAGCUCGGCCAGGAAGCGUUGGGGCGACAGCGUCGGUGACGACGGCCUCGCGACUGAGGAUGACGACAUGCCGCUCGACAUCGUGGCCUCAGGUGGGCCAGCGGCCGCCCCUCCCGCUGCCGCCCCGCUGGCAGGGCCGACCGCGGCUGGGCCGCCAGCCACGCGGGCCAGGCCAGCGGACGGACCCUACGGCCCUGCAGCGGCCCGCGGCCAACACGGGGCGACCCUGGGCGCGUGGCCUCAGGUGGAGCCCUGCCUCGCAAAGGCCCUCGCCGAGCAAGGGGCGGCCCUCUCGGACGGCGACCCCUUGGCAGCCGUCAUCGGCAAGGCGCCGCUGGUCGGCAGGGCAGGAGGCCAGCAGCUUCGAGCUGGCCUAGUCAUGUCCGGCUGCAAUGGCAACGCUUGGAGCAGGAGCAUUGAAGCCCUCGAGGCCUUCUUCAAGGCGCACGACUACUGGCCCGACGUAGUGGCGCUGCAGGAGACGAGGCUCCCGCAUGAGCGCCUGCCCAGUGCUGCGGCUCAGGCCCGCGGCCUGGGCUACGCGGCCUUCCUCCCCGAGGCGGCGCCGACGGAGAAGCAAGGGCCCCAGGCGACCUCAGGCGGCGUGGCGAUUCUGGUGCGAGACGGCUUGCAGGCCGACGAGUCGGCGUGCCCUUUGCCCUCGGCCUUGCGCCACCGCCUCAUCGGGGUGGAGGUCGCCGCUGCCUCGGGCUUUCGGGUCCUGGUGCUGGCUGGGUGCUUUCAGCACUCUGUGGGCCCUCGAGGCACCAACCUGGACUUGUUUUCGGCCAUCUCGGAGGCGACGUGCCAUGCCGAGGGAUGUGACCACCUCUACGACUGGUUCGUGGCUUCCGCGGCGCUGGCAGCCUGCACGGCCUCCUGCGCCACCACGCUCGAGGGCUUCGGUCUGCACCCUCAUCGCCCUGUCCUGCUUCGUCUCCAGGACGUUCGGGCAGAUGCGUUGGUGGGGGUUCCGUCCAGGCCCGCACGCUUCCCCGAAGUUGCUCCUGAGCUCCUUCGGGCGCACGAGGACGCGGAGAUUGUGUGCUACUCGGUUGGCAAGAAGGGACAGGUCACGCCUAGGAGCGUCGCGUGGUCCUGGGACACAGGCACUUCACCGACCAACCUCUCCGUCGCCUUCAGCGAGUGGGCGGCGGCUGCUGAAGGCACCCUGGUCGGCAUCCACGGCAUCGUCCAGGCAGACUUGGCCCGUCAUCUCGGCAGAGGAGAGGGGCCGCGGCUGUCCCUCAAGCCCCUCAGUGCCUUGGUCAGGCGGGAUGCCAGGUUCAGGUUCAGCCUCCUCACGCACCGCUUGAGGAGCUGCCUGGACGUGGCCCUCCAGCGGCUGCGCGCUGAGAGGACUGGCCGCUGGCACCCUCGGCAUGCAGACUGGUACGGGCACCAGGCCGGGCUCAGGGCGCAGCUCUUGCUAGAGGCGGUGCAGGAGGCUGCCGACUCGGUCGGCGGGGCUCUUCCUGGCGCAGCUCCUGAUCGACUCGGCGACCUGGUGUUUCAGGCGGGCGUCCACGGCAGCCCUGAUGCCGCUCGGGACCUCCAAGGGCUGCUCGGUGCAUCGCAGCGCCGCGACGCGGCUCAGAGCGCCCAGGCCUGGCGGAACUGGGCACAGACAGCGGUCGAGAAGGGCGGUCGUCUGGCCCACCGCUUCUCGAAGGCGACGCCCCCGCCGACGGUCAGGGACGCUGACUCUGGCAGGGGGCUCGUUGGGAUGGCAGCGAUCGGCGAGCUCACGAGUGUCUGGCAGAAGCUGUGGCUCCAGGACGGGUUUGCCCUGGGCGCUGGGGCCAGCAGCUGGGACGUUGGCGAGUGGCGGCUGCCACCCAUCUCGCUGGAGCAGCUCCAGGCGGCCUGCAAGCGCUACAGCCCCUCGGUGGGGCUCGGGUGCGACUCUCUGCGCCCUCGGCAGAUCCUCCUGCUGCCCGUGGCGCUGCAGCAGCGCAUCCUGGACAUCCUGGCGGCCUACGACGACGCCCCUGCAUCGAUCAGCGGGCAGGUCUCCCUGAUGGUGUUCAUCCCGAAGGCAGAUGGAGGGGUAAGGCCCAUUGCGUUGCUGCCGCUGGCCCUGCGGCUGUGGUCGCGCCUCCGCCAGCCCUGCUGCGCCCGCUGGGAGGCUGACCACGACUUCCCCUUUUUCUGGGGACGUGACGGGCGGGACUGUGAGCGGGCUGGGUGGCUGCACAACUGUUUUGCGGGGUUCGCGAAGGCGAACCAGCAGUUCGAGGCCGCGAGCCUCUUCCUGGACACCAGCAAGUUCUACGAGCACGUGCGUCACGAUGUUCUCUGGGCGAAUGCAGUGCGUUUCGGGUUCAACCUCAGGCUGUUGCGCGGCCUCCUCACCUCCUACCAGGCCCCUAGGAUGAUCCUCGCGGCGGGCAUGGCUUCCCCCGCCUUCGGCACUGCGGGUACGGUUUUGGCUGGGUGUGCGUGUGCGACAGCAGUUGCGAAGCUCCCAGUGCUGGGCGCCCUCCUGGCCGCGGGGGCGACGUGCCCGUUGGUCACGCCGAGGAAUGUUGUCGACGACAUCUCGCUCCAGGCGGUCGGCACGGCCCGACUUGUUAAGCGGCAGAUGUUG